AAAAACACCAUGCCACUGCUGGGACUCCGGAGCACAACACUCUAUAUAGGACAGUGGCACAGCAGCAGGAGGCUUAACAGGUAGUGGUGAAACUGUUUUGUAACCCUUCCUCACAAUGGAUGACUAUGAACACAGUGUGCACGUCUCCGAGCGUGACUGGGACUCCUUCUUUCAGGAGUGCGAGGAGUGUGACCUCUUCCCCCCCGCGCUGGCUGGAUUGGACUCUAGCAUUAGUGACUCCAGCAUGAGUGACAUUGAUGAUGCGGGAGGGUCCACUUUCUUAGACAGGCGUCUGCUAGCUGACCUCAAGUCAGAUGCUUGGGAGGCUGUCUUCCCCAUGGACGGCCCCCCGGAUUGCGAGGGUUCUCCCGUGGAGCAUUACCUCAGCAAGUACGGUGUCGGUAGCUUGGAAAAUGUCCUCUCGUGCAGCGAGGAUGAGGAUCUGCACCUGGAGUCUGUCAAUAGGUUCUUUGAGAGGCUUAAAAGUCUCCCGGAGUCUGAACAGCUUAUUGAGCACAGCCAAGCAACAGUGGGAAAAAGCAGCAAGGUGGCGCAGGGAGAGGUGUGUGGUGAUGGGCCACGAGCCAACGACGGCGCUUUGCCAAUAAACAACCCAGAGUUAAAUUCCCUGUCUGCCAGCAGUAAGGCAGCAACUGGCAUGGAAACCACAGAGCCAGACAAUGCCAACACAACAGAUAGGUCUGACUCCAAGAUGGCCCCUGAGCUCCCAGUCAAUGAUGCCUCUGAGGGCAAGACAGACAAAUCCACCAAUCCCAAUGUGGAGUUGGCCAUCAGAGAGGAGGAUUGGUUGUUGGUGCCAGCAAAUGAAGCAGGAAGGCAGAAAAGAGAGGGUAAAUCCCGUGACUUAUUCAAAGAGAUAUUGGAAAUGACAGCCGACUCAUUAAAUACACCUGCCUCUGGGAAAGUGCUGAACUCAGAGUUAGCUGUAUGCAAAAGUGUGGGUGACGAGAGUCAUGGAGAUAUCAUGUUAGAUAAACCACUUCUUAAGAAAAGCUCUGAUUCAUGCCUUAACCCUGAUAGGGAUUCAUCUACAAACCUUGAAGUGAUGCCAUAUGAUAAAUCAACAGAAGGCAAAUAUCUUGCUGUCACACCACCAAAGAAAGACCCAGAACAGCAGAGUGUAAGAAGCCCAGAUCAGUCUCCAUCAUUCACCAUUAAAAAGAAGAGAAGGAGAAAAAAAACUGUCAGUAUUGAGCCCAUGGAGGCAGGCCACGGGUACAAGAGGCAGUUUUUUGCCAAUAAUAGUGACUCCGGCAAGGAGAGAUAUGUACGGGGAAUAGAAAUGGAUGCUCAUGUAAGACUAUCAAGAGAUUACACUGCAGUUUACGUGAAUGAGGCCGGCUGUGAGCAUAUCAAAUCCUCAGCUCACCAAACGCACAGUUCUCAGUGUCCACCCACACACUCAGAAAUACUCCAAGGGAGAGCCAGAAACAAUGUGCCACCUGGGCCAACUGCAGUGGAGCAUGACGAAGUGAGCCUCAAUUUACCAACUCCCCCUCUAAGAGAUCGUCAAAGUCAAACGCUAACUGAGAAGAAUGAGUUGAGGCUAGUAAAAUCUGAGCCUCUUGGUACGGAGGCUAAGUGCAAACAAGCCAAAUCUAGCUUGCCUAUAAACAGUGAAGGCACUGAUCGAUCAAGAUCCGCACCAUGUCGAGCUGUUGACAGCGGUUUGUCAACACCUAAUUAUGAUGGUAAUGUCGCAGCAAAUUUACAGCCAAGCAGCGCAUUACAAUUACAGCCAUCAACGGAAUUUAAAGAAUGUCCAGUCUCGAUGUCCACCUGUGCUUCUAGUGAGUCGCCUCCAGUCACAGAGGAAGGAAAGUUUGGCUCAGACAACAUCGCAAAAUAUCGAAGAGAGUCUGGGCCUCUGCAACUGCAAGAAGUGAAUGGAAAGACUCAAAACAGGGACACCUCAUCUGAGGAUCUCAAUACACCAGAAUCAACAGAACAUAACACUGCCCUCAGAAAUAACACCUCAUUCACCUCUAAAGUCAGCAGUGGUCUUAUUAUUUCAAGCACAUUGCAGCUGCCUGCUCAUGAAAACAUAGUCCUCAAGAUGCACCAAGAAUUAAAAAAUGGACUCAUCCCAACUCUUGAUAAGACUAUGGCAUCAGAAGUGGUCAGCACUAACACAACACUAAAACCUACCAAGACACCAUUACCUGGCAAAAUCAAUAGUUUCAAUGAGCCCUGCUGUUCAAAAUCAGACGAUGUAAUCAGUCAAACAACAUAUGGAAACCAGACAGUUAAGUCAACUAUUAUUCUGGAUGCAACUACCGAGAGGCCAGUAUUAGCGAUGCCUCUUUUUACUGUCUCUUGUUACUCUGUUAUUCCAAAGAGUGCUAUGAACUCUAAUCAGGCAGAUGAAAUAAAUGAUACUCACAUAAGUAAUAAUGUCACUGAAAAAGACCCUGAUUCAUCUGCUCCAGAGAAUGUUCCAUUAACUCAAUCAAAUAUUUCACUGAAUGGACUUUCUAAUUCCCCUGAUUUACAAAUGGAAGGCAGCCAAAUUGUUGGGUUUCAGUCUAACAAAACAUCUAUGGUAGCACUGCCAGAUAAACGUAACACUGUUAUAGACUUGCCAGUAACGUUAUUUGAAAGCUCUGAUGCACCUGAUAUUAAAACCAGAUUCAAUGGUCAAGAAGCGAAACUUUCCAUUGGCAAAGCAACAAGUGAGAGGGAGAGGGAAAUGUCUGAACAUGAUAGCCAGGAUAUGUCACAAGAUACACCAGAACUCAAAGUUGAUAUAGAGGUCAAAACAGAGGACACUGUUACCACAGCCAAAACAGCAGAGUGUGACGGGAUUAAAAAAGCACCUGACGAAACACGUCCUGUGUACGCCAUCUCCGCUUUUUGGAAUGAGAUGGAGAAGCUGACCAUUAAUGACAUCUUGCGACUGCGUAUGGUCAGCAAUGCCCAGCAGUCCAGUGUUCUCCCCCAGCCACCAGAGAGUGAGGCAGCCGACACCCCCGAUGCCGCAGACUCAGGUUACUUCACUCACCUGGAAGACUACAAACCUCACCGCUCCAGUGGCGACAUGUCCACCAUUUCUGAUUUUGACAAAGAAUUCUCACAACAUCAAAAUGCUGAUAAUCCAAGCACUGAUCCAAUCACGAGCGAUGAGUCACCCAACUCUAUUGGUAUCUUGUGGGAAAGCGAGCCAGACUCAGUUAGCGUUGGGGCUGGUAUAUACCCUGAAAAUGUAGCAAUGCCAAGUUCCGCAAGUGACAUCCCCCUACCAAUCUUUUCAGGCAGUGCCCGACAGUACUUAAGAAAAAUUCGCAAAAAUGUCAGCGUGCAGAACCUACUAGCUCUGGAAGUUGAACCCCUUUGCCAGGUGUUGAAAGGUCGGGCCUUACCUGCUGUCAUAUCAGAGGAAGGAGAACCAGAAAUGGAGUCCUGCAAUGAUGGACAUUUAGUGAGGCAACACAGUGGCAUGGAUUCUUUACCUCCAGCUUCUUUUUCGGAGGAUGUGUCAACAGAAAGCAAUCAGAUUUCUUUCUCUGAGAUCAUCCAGUACAUCUUUGGAGGAAAUAAAUCGGAGCCCAGUCCAUCGGAAACAGACAACAUGGCCGCCUACUAUGUCAACAGUGAUUCAGUCCCUGAGUAUGAGCAUUUCUACUCAGAGUUUGAUGCAGGAAGCUUCUUCUACCCUGUCAGGGAGGCAUCAGGCCACAACAAGGAUGAGCAGGUACCCAUCUUUUCCUGCGGCCGUUCGGCCAACAAGAAUCUUCAGUUCCCGGAGGCCUAUGAUCAUUUCUUCUCCAGUGACUCGUCUGUAGACUCGGAUGAGGAUGAUAACCAAGACCGCAGUCCGAUCCGGGUGAUCACGCGGUUUAACCAUAAGCCAAGUGAGACCCAAGGUGUCAUAGUGGCUCCGGACAUAUAUGAGGACUUUUUCACAGACGAGGGACUGAGUGAGAACUUCUUCUGGAAAAACUAUUUCUCCCUGCGGAAGGUCAGCUUCACUGGCUCCACCAGCCAAAGUCAGAGAUCUCACUCCUGGUCGCUGGUUUCUGUGGAUGAGAUCAAGAGUUCAUUCCGCAGAACCAUUAGACCCAUCAACGCACUGGGCAUCCAAGACAAGCCUUUUCCUGAUCAAUUGCUGUACAACCUAGAGGGCAGGAUCUUCAGGCAGCUGGCCGAACAGAAGAGGAGAUAUCCAGAUCUGCAGAUGGCCGCUGCUAAUCCCAGGUUAGAUGCCUCCCUUGUACCUCUCAGACAGUCAGACAUGUGUUUAGUCUGCAUCGCAUUCGCCUCCUGGGUGUUGAAGUCCGCUAACCCACAAGCUGGAGAUGCCUGGAAGGCUGUUCUCCUGGCCAACAUAAGUGCGCUGUCUGCCAUCCGAUACCUGCGGAGAAGAGGCAGGGAAGAGGCAACUGGAGAGAAGCCGUUACGUCAAGCACCCUCCAUCUGAUACAGGAACAGUCAGCAUGCACAGCUACAGUAUGUCAUUCCUAACUUUACCACUUUCUCCCAUGGAAACAGAAUACAUCUGGGGUGCUUUGACGGUCAGUCCUAUCCGGGUUCCUUGGGAUGUCCCCACCCUACCCUAACCUUAACCCUUA